AAAAUCUUCACUUUCACCAUUUUUUCUUGAUGUGCAUCUUUGUGUUUGCAUGAGAUAAAAAUUUACAAGUUAAACUCUUGUGUUUUCUGCUCAAAGUUCUCCAGGUUUUCUUUGUUUUUCUACAGUUUCUCCAACUAUUUAGGAGCAUAAUAAUGAAGGUUGAGACAAGGGCACAAGCGCAUGAUCAUCAUGCGGAAGAGAAGAUGAAGACAAGGAAGCAAAAGACGAAUGAGCAAACGGAACAUCAGUCACCAACUAAGAAAGCAAAGCAGGAAAAAGAGAAUGAUAAUGGAACACAAACAAAUGGGACAACAACAGCAAGUUCUAAGGAGUAUCAAGAGUUUUGUAAAGUCAUUAGGGAGAAUCUGUCUCCUGAUCAAAUCAAGGAAAUUCUUCAGUUCAACGGCCAGGAUCCAUCCGGCCCUGAUGAUUCCGUCAUUUCUAGAUGCCAAGAUCUGUUGUACUAUGGGGCACUUCUGGAAUGCAAAGUCUGUGGAGGCAAUUUGCAGUUCGUUGGAAACAGUUACUCUUGCACCGGGGCACUAAGUGAAUGGUCCACCUGCACCUACAAGACGAGAAAUCCUCCCAGGAAGCAGGACCCUAUCAAGCUGCCAGAUUCAGUAUCUAAAUCGUCAGUUGCAGAUUUCUUAAAGAAGUACCAAGACCCCAGUCAGCGUCAUCAGAAGGAGAUACCUCCAGCUGAUAAGCCUUUCACAGGCAUGGUUAUAUGUUUAUCAGGCCGGCUUUCUCGAACUCAUCAAUAUUGGAAGAAAGAAAUUGAGAAGCAUGGAGGCAAAGUAUCCAACACAGCGAUUGGUGUGACUUGUCUAGUUGUUUCUCCCAUGGAAAGAGAGCGCGGUGGUUCAUCUAAAGUAUCUGAAGCAGUAGAAAGAGGCAUACCAGUGGUACGAGAAGCAUGGUUAAUUGACAGCAUCGAGAAGCAAGAGUUACAGCCCCUAGAGGCUUACGACUGUGUUUCUGAUCGGUCUAGUUAUGGUAAAGGCAUUCCAUGGGACAAACAAGAUCCUAGUGAAGAAGCUCUGGAAUCCCUAACUGCUGAGCUUAAAAUGUAUGGCAAGAGAGGUGUCUACAAGGACACUAUGCUACAGCAACAAGGUGGAAAGAUCUUGGAGAAAGACGGGUUACUUUACAACUGCGCUUUCUCUCUUUGCGACCUUGGGCGCAAUAUAAAUGAGAUUGUUAUUACUCAGCUCAUCACGGUCCCUGAGAAGAAGCUACAUCUAUACUACAAGAGAGGUAGAGUUGGUGAUGAUACGAAGGCAGAUGAGAGGCUGGAAGAAUGGGACAACGUAGAAGAUGCGAUCAAGGAGUUUGCACGGCUUUUUGAGGAGUUAACUGGAAACGAGUUUUUACCAUGGGAAACCGAAAAGAAAUUUCAGAAAAAACCACAAAAAUUUCAUGUGAUAGAUAUGGAUGAUGGAGUUGAGAUACGAUAUGGUGGGUUAGGUGUCCGGCAACUGGGAACUGCAGCUGUGCAUUGUAAACUGGAUCCAAUGAUUGCAAAUUUCAUGAAGAUUUUGUGCAGCCAAGAGAUCUAUAGAUAUGCUUUGAUGGAGAUGGGUCUAGACUCGCCGGAUUUACCAGUUGGAAUGGUUACUGAUUUGCAUUUGAAAAGAUGUGAGGAUGCUCUCCUGCAAUUUAUAGAGAAUGUGAAGUCGCAGGAGCAGGGCGGUCCAAAGGCUGAAGCGCUCUGGUCUGAAUUUAGCUCAAAAUGGUUUACGCUCAUGCAUACUACUCGGCCUUUCAUUUUCAAGGACUUCCAAGAACUAGCAGAUCAUGCAGCUUCUCCUCUUGAGACUGUUAGGGAUAUAACAGUGGCUUCACAUCUGAUCGGUGAUAUGAGUGGCUCGACAUUGGAUGAUCCAUUAUCAGACCGUUAUAAGAAACUCGGAUGCAAAAUAACUCCCCUAGACAAAGAAUCUGAUGAUUUUAAGAUGAUCAUCAACUAUUUGGAGAAGACCUAUGAACCCAUCAAAGUGGGUGAAAUUAGUUAUGAUGUUUCUGUGGAGAACAUCCUUGCUGUUGAUUUGAGCGCUGGACCCUCUUAUGAGGAGAUAAAGAAGUUGCCAAACAAAGUCCUAUUAUGGUGUGGAACUCGAAGUUCAAAUCUGCUAAGACAUCUGCAGAAGGGUUUCCUUCCCUCAAUCUGUUCUCUUCCUGCAGCAGGCUACAUGUUUGGGAGGGCUAUCGUAUGUUCAGAUGCCGCAGCUGAAGCUGCAAGGUAUGGAUACACAGCAAUCGACAGGCCAGAAGGUUUCCUUGUACUGGCGGUUGCUUCUCUAGGGGAUGAGAUAAUCGAAGUUACGAGCCCACCCGAGGAUACAAAGUCCUUAGAGGAGAGAAAGGUUGGAGUGAAAGGGAUAGGGAGGAAGAAGACUGAUGAGUCUGAGCAUUUUGUUUGGAAAGAUGAUAUCAAAGUGCCCUGUGGAAAACUAGUCCCGGCAUCACCCGAACCAAAAGAAAGCAUCCUUGAUUUCAACGAAUACGCCGUUUAUGAUCCAAACCAGGUUAAGAUAAGCUUCUUGGUGGCAGUGAAGUACAUAGAGAAAGAUGUAGUUAUGGAUGUGGCAGAAUGAAGAUGGCCGAGACUUCAACUUUUAGCUGUAGGUUUUUCCUUCUCUUUUUUGGCCGAAGCGAUGGCUCGGUGGAUAGUUUUUUGCUUGUAGAUGGCUAGUUGUUUAAUCCUCCCCCAGUAUGUUUUUGUUAUAGGAGCAUAGUUCUCCUUUUGUAAGUUCUUGUACAUAGUAGAAAACUCAAAAACCAUUUUGGUGAUCUUUUGUUCGAAAUUCGACUCGAGUAGUACCUUGCUUAUAAUGUUCUCUUUUGUUUCAAAA